CAGCAACAACAAGGUGAACAAGCUGCAGCUAUAGAACAGCAACAACCACAACAGCAGCAACAACAAGGUGAACAAGCUGCAGCUCAAGAACAGCAACAACCACCACAGCAACAACAACAGCAACAACCACAACAGCAACAACAACAGCAACAACCACAGCAGCAACAGCAGCAACAGCAGCAACAACAAGGUGAACAAGCUGCAGCUAUAGAACAGCAACAACCACAGCAGCAGCAACAACAAGGUGAACAAGCUGCAGCUAUAGAACAGCAACAACCACAACAGCAGUAGCAGCAACAACAAGGUGAACAAGCUGCAGCUCAAGAACAGCAACAACCACCACAGCAACAACAACAGCAACAACCACAACAGCAACAACAACAGCAACAACCACAGCAGCAACAGCAGCAACAGCAGCAACAACAAGGUGAACAAGCUGCAGCUAUAGAACAGCAACAACCACAGCAGCAGCAACAACAAGGUGAACAAGCUGCAGCUAUAGAACAGCAACAACCACAACAGCAACAGCAGCAACAACAAGGUGAACAAGCUGCAGCUAUAGAACAGCAACAACCACAGCAGCAGCAACAACAAGGUGAACAAGCUGCAGCCAUAGAACAGCAACAACCACAACAGCAGUAGCAGCAACAACAAGGUGAACAAGCUGCAGCUAUAGAACAGCAACAACCACAACAGCAGUAGCAGCAACAACAAGGUGAACAAGCUGCAGCUAUAGAACAGCAACAACCACAACAGCAGUAGCAGCAACAACAAGGUGAACAAGCUGCAGCUAUAGAACAGCAACAACCACAACAGCAGUAGCAGCAACAACAAGGUGAACAAGCUGCAGCUAUAGAACAGCAACAAUUAACCACAACAGCAGUAGCAGCAACAACAAGGUGAACAAGCUGCAGCUAUAGAACAGCAACAACCACAACAGCAGUAGCAGCAACAACAAGGUGAACAAGCUGCAGCUAUAGAACAGCAACAACCACAACAGCAGUAGCAGCAACAACAAGGUGAACAAGCUGCAGCUCAAGAACAGCAACAACCACAACAGCAGUAGCAGCAACAACAAGGUGAACAAGCUGCAGCUAUAGAACAGCAACAACCACAACAGCAGUAGCAGCAACAACAAGGUGAACAAGCUGCAGCUCAAGAACAGCAACAACCACAACAGCAGUAGCAGCAACAACAAGGUGAACAAGCUGCAGCUAUAGAACAGCAACAACCACAACAGCAGUAGCAGCAACAACAAGGUGAACAAGCUGCAGCUCAAGAACAGCAACAACCACAACAGCAGUAGCAGCAACAACAAGGUGAACAAGCUGCAGCGCUAUAGAACAGCAACAACCACCACAGCAACAACAACAGCAACAGCCACAACAGCAACAAUCACAAGGUGAACAAGCUGCAGCUAUAGAACAGCAACAACCACCACAGCAACAACAACAGCAACAACCACAACAUCAACAAUCACAAGGUGAACAAGCUGCAGCUAGUACAGCAACAACCACCACAGCAGCAGCAGCAACCUUAGGACCAACAAAAACCAAAACCACAGGAGCAACCUCAAGGUUAAACUUUAAAAUAAUUCGUGUAAAACUUAAUAUAGAAUGAAUAAAAGCAACCUCCAAACCUUCAUCAGGUAGUCUAAGGACAAAUGGAUAUGAAGGAAAUAUAGCAUAUAAAACAAAAAAGUACCAUGGUAACCAUGUUUUUUUUUUGGUCCAAAUUACCAUCCACCAUUCGAACCAGCAUGUUGACCACGGUAUCAAAUAAUGAAAUUAUCAUUAUAUGAUACAUGGUAAUUUGCCCCCCCCCCC